AUGAACCCGCGGCUGCAGCUCUCCGUGAUAACGCUGAAAAAUGUCAUGAUUCUUUCUUCAUUUUUCGUGAGCAGCGGACGUGACAGAGAACCACAUUACAGGCAUUUGGACUCAGAUUACAGGCGUUUGGACUCAGAUUACAGGUAUUUGGGCUCAGAUUACAGGCGUUUGGACUCAGAUCCUAGGCGUUUGGACUCAGAUUACCGGUGUUUGGGCUCAGAUUACAGGCGUUUGGGCUCAGAUUACAGGCGUUUGAGCUCAGAUUACAGGCGUUUGGACUCAGAUUACAGGCGUUUGGACUCAGAUCCUAGGCGUUUGGGCUUAGAUCCCAGGCGUUUGGACUCAUAUUACAGGCGUUUGGGCUCAGAUUACAGGCGUUUGGACUCAGAUUACAGGCGUUUGGGCUCAUAUUACAGGCGUUUGGGCUCAGAUUACAGGCGUUUGGACUCAGAUUACAGGCGUUUGGACUCGAUCACAGGCGUUUGGGCUCAGAUCACAGGCGUUUGGGCUCAGAUCACAGGCGUUUGGGCUCAGGUUUACGGCCGUUUGGACUCAGGCAGCACUCAUCUUUACAAGCCUCGAGGAGGGAGGGAGGGGGGGGGGGGGGGGGGGGGGGGGGGGGGGGGGGGGGGGGGGGGGGGGGGGGGGGGGGGGGGGGGGGGGGGGGGGGGGGGGGGGGGGGGGGGGGGGGGGGGGGGGGGGGGGGGGGGGGGGGGGGGGGGGGGGGGGGGGGGGGGGGGGGGGGGGGGGGGGGGGGGGGGGGGGGGGGGGGGGGGGGGGGGGGGGGGGGGGGGGGGGGGGGGGGGGGGGGGGGGGGGGGGGGGGGGGGGGGGGGGGGGGGGGGGGGGGGGGGGGGGGGGGGGGGGGGGGGGGGGGGGGGGGGGGGGGGGGGGGGGGGGGGGGGGGGGGGGGGGGGGGGGGGGGGGGGGGGGGGGGGGGGGGGGGGGGGGGGGGGGGGGGGGGGGGGGGGGGGGGGGGGGGGGGGGGGGGGGGGGGGGGGGGGGGGGGGGGGGGGGGGGGGGGGGGGGGGGGGGGGGGGGGGGGGGGGGGGGGGGGGGGGGGGGGGGGGGGGGGGGGGGGGGGGGGGGGGGGGGGGGGGGGGGGGGGGGGGGGGGGGGGGGGGGGGGGGGGGGGGGGGGGGGGGGGGGGGGGGGGGGGGGGGGGGGGGGGGGGGGGGGGGGGGGGGGGGGGGGGGGGGGGGGGGGGGGGGGGGGGGGGGGGGGGGGGGGGGGGGGGGGGGGGGGGGGGGGGGGGGGGGGGGGGGGGGGGGGGGGGGGGGGGGGGGGGGGGGGGGGGGGGGGGGGGGGGGGGGGGGGGGGGGGGGGGGGGGGGGGGGGGGGGGGGGGGGGGGGGGGGGGGGGGGGGGGGGGGGGGGGGGGGGGGGGGGGGGGGGGGGGGGGGGGGGGGGGGGGGGGGGGGGGGGGGGGGGGGGGGGGGGGGGGGGGGGGGGGGGGGGGGGGGGGGGGGGGGGGGGGGGGGGGGGGGGGGGGGGGGGGGGGGGGGGGGGGGGGGGGGGGGGGGGGGGGGGGGGGGGGGGGGGGGGGGGGGGGGGGGGGGGGGGGGGGGGGGGGGGGGGGGGGGGGGGGGGGGGGGGGGGGGGGGGGUGGGGGGGGGGGGGGGGGGGGGGGGGGGGGGGGGGGGGGGGGGGGGGGGGGGGGGGGGGGGGGGGGGGGGGGGGGGGGGGGGGGGGGGGGGGGGGGGGGGGGGGGGGGGGGGGGGGGGGGGGGGGGGGGGGGGGGGGGGGGGGGGGGGGGGGGGGGGGGGGGGGGGGGGGGGGGGGGGGGGGGGGGGGGGGGGGGGGGGGGGGGGGGGGGGGGGGGGUGGGGGGGGGGGGGGGGGGGGGGGGGGGGGGGGGGGGGGGGGGGGGGGGGGGGGGGGGGGGGGGGGGGGGGGGGGGGGGGGGGGGGGGGGGGGGGGGGGGGGGGGGGGGGGGGGGGGGGGGGGGGGGGGGGGGGGGGGGGGGGGGGGGGGGGGGGGGGGGGGGGGGGGGGGGGGGGGGGGGGGGGGGGGGGGGGGGGGGGGGGGGGGGGGGGGGGGGGGGGGGGGGGGGGGGGGGGGGGGGGGGGGGGGGGGGGGGGGGGGGGGGGGGGGGGGGGGGGGGGGGGGGGGGGGGGGGGGGGGGGGGGGGGGGGGGGGGGGGGGGGGGGGGGGGGGGGGGGGGGGGGGGGGGGGGGGGGGGGGGGGGGGGGGGGGGGGGGGGGGGGGGGGGGGGGGGGGGGGGGGGGGGGGGGGGGGGGGGGGGGGGGGGGGGGGGGGGGGGGGGGGGGGGGGGGGGGGGGGGGGGGGGGGGGGGGGGGGGGGGGGGGGGGGGGGGGGGGGGGGGGGGGGGGGGGGGGGGGGGGGGGGGGGGGGGGGGGGGGGGGGGGGGGGGGGGGGGGGGGGGGGGGGGGGGGGGGGGGGGGGGGGGGGGGGGGGGGGGGGGGGGGGGGGGGGGGGGGGGGGGGGGGGGGGGGGGGGGGGGGGGGGGGGGGGGGGGGGGGGGGGGGGGGGGGGGGGGGGG